AUGUAUGCCGGAGCCUCGAAGGCCCCUGCUGUCUGCUGUGUUAUUCAGGCUCCACCAGUAUCAGACCCUGUCUGCUGUGUUAUUCAGACUCCAGUAUCAGACCCUGUCUGCUGUGUUAUUCAGACUCCAGUAUCAGACCCUGUCUGCUGUGUUAUUCAGGCCCAUGCUGUCUGCUGUGUUAUUGAGGCUCCACCAGUAUCAGACCCUGUCUGCUGUGUUAUUGAGGCUCCACCAGUAUCAGACCCUGUCUGCUGUGUUAUUCAGGCUCCACCAGUAUCAGCCCCUGUCUGCUGUGUUAUUCAGACUCCACCAGUGUCAGACCCUGUCUGCUGUGUUAUUCAGGCUCCACCAGUGUCAGACCCUGCUCCACCAGUAUCAGCCCCUGUCUGCUGUGUUAUUCAGGCUCCACCAGUGUCAGACCCUGUCUGCUGUGUUAUUCAGACUCCACCAGUGUCAGACCCUGUCUGCUGUGUUAUUCAGGCUCCACCAGUGUCAGACCCUGUCUGCUGUGUUAUUCAGGCUCCACCAGUGUCAGACCCUGUCUGCUGUGUUAUUCAGGCUCCACCAGUGUCAGACCCUGUCUGCUGUGUUAUUCAGGCUCUAACAGUAUCAGACCCUGACUGCUGUGUUAUUCAGGCUCCACCAGUGUCAGACCCUGUCUGCUGUGUUAUUCAGGCUCUAACAGUAUCAGACCCUGACUGCUGUGUUAUUCAGACUCCACCAGUGUCAGACCCUGUCUGCUGUGUUAUUCAGGCUCUAACAGUAUCAGACCCUGACUGCUGUGUUAUUCAGACUCCACCAGUGUCAGACCCUGACUGCUGUGUUAUUCAGGCUCCACCAGUGUCAGACCCUGUCUGCUGUGUUAUUCAGGCUCCACCAGUGUCAGACCCUGUCUGCUGUGUUAUUCAGACUCCACCAGUGUCAGCCCCUGUCUGCUGUGUAAUUCAGACUCCACCAGUGCCAGCCCCUGUCUGCUGUGUUAUUCAGGCUCCACCAGUGUCAGCCCCUGUCUGCUGUGUUAUUCAGGCUCCACCAGUGUCAGCCCCUGUCUGCUGUGUUAUUCAGGCUCCACCAGUGUCAGACCCUGUCUGCUGUGUUAUUCAGACUCCACCAGUGUCAGACCCUGUCUGCUGUGUUAUUCAGACUCCACCAGUGUCAGCCCCUGUCUGCUGUGUUAUUCAGGCUCCACCAGUGUCAGCCCCUGUCUGCUGUGUUAUUCAGGCUCCACCAGUGCUCCAUCAGUAUCAGACCCUGUCUGCUGUGUUAUUCAGACUCCAGUAUCAGACCCAGCCUGCUGUGUUAUUCAGGCUCCACCAGUAUCAGACCCUGUCUGCUGUGUUAUUGAGGCUCCACCAGUAUCAGACCCUGUCUGCUGUGUUAUUCAGACUCCAGUAUCAGACCCUGUCUGCUGUGUUAUUGAGGCUCCACCAGUAUCAGACCCUGUCUGCUGUGUUAUUCAGACUCCAGUGUCAGACCCUGUCUGCUGUGUUAUUCAGGCCCCUGCUGUCUGCUGUGUUAUGA